UGUACGUAGUUCUACUCCUGCUUUGGCCGGGCGUGUACAAGACUAUGCAUGGAGCAGGGCUGUGGAGAAUCAAGCUUGUCCAGUUCAGUUUGGGGUCUCUGAGAAGGCUAUAGAGUGUUCCCAGGGGACUGCAGUGAGAGAUGCCCCAGCCUAUUCCAUUGGGCCCUCUUCCAUUCAAAGGCUGGGAAUGGGCAUUUCCCAGGCAGUGUUCAUCGGCCAUGACUGGGGCGGAGCUGUGGUGUGGAACAUGUCCCUCUUUUACCCAGAGCGAGUGAGGGCAGUGGCUGGACUGAACGUGCCCUACAGACCUGCGAACCCCAAUGUGGAUGUCAUGGAGAUGAUCAAAUCCCAUCCUGUGCUUGACUAUCAGCUUUAUUUCCAGGAGCCGGGGGUUGCUGAGCUCGAGCUAGAGAAGGACCUGAGCAGGACGUUUAGGAUCAUGAUCCGAUCCAUGAGGAAGGAGGAUGAGCUGCCUGUUCCACUCAACAUCGCCAACGUCCGGGAGCGAGGAGGGCUUCUGGCUGGCAUGCUGGAAGAUCCACCUCCAAGCCAGAUCCUAGCGGGAGCGGAUCUCCAGUACUUCAUCCAGCAGUUUAAAAAGUCUGGCUUCAGGAGACCAUUGAACUGGUACCGGAACAUGCGAGCCAACUGGCAGUGGAGCCUCUCUGCGAAAGACAGGAAGAUCCUGGUCCCGGCUUUGAUGGUUGCUGCGGGGAAGGACUUUUUUCUCCAUUCUAAUCUGAGUAAAGGCAUGGAGGAGUGGAUUCCUCAGCUGACCCGAGGCCACAUUGAAGAGUGCGGACACUGGACUCAGAUGGAAAGCCCAGCUGCUCUGAAUAGGAUCCUCAUUAAGUGGCUGGAGGAUGUUAACAACAAUUCUUUGCUGCAGAAGAUUUCAAAACUCUGAGUUUGCCCUUGGAAGAUUUCAACCUCCAACUUCCUGCUUCAUUGGAGCAUCUUGCUGCUUGUGCGUGGGUGUGGGCCCUGCCAGUAUCACACUCGUGAUAAGCUAGGUUUUGCCCCUGGGUUUUGGUUUUCAAGCUAGCCAGUGGAAAAGGUGGGGUAGUGUGGGCUCAGCUAGUCACAUCAAGCUGUAAAACUGCCUUCCUUUGCGCUUGCGUCGGAAUGCAAGCAUCUCAGCGAGGGAUUGUAGCGUGACGCUCUGAUUUGGGGCAGUUCUCCUGCAUGUGUUGUGAUGUAAGACUAGGGU